AUGUGCCGAUCGCAUGGAUUACGAAGCUAUAGCCACUGUACACCGAUGUCUACCGCCAUGAUACUGCGCCUUACCGUCGUGUGUCUGGCACUGGCCGUCACCCUAGCCAAUGGAUCCUCGGUACCGUCAACCUGGUCCCGGGUGCACCGGACGGCCCGGGACACUAUGGGCGGUGGUGGUGGUGAGCGGGAACAGCCACCCCACGUCAGCGCGCUCAUGUCCUGCGAGCGUAUCAACAACUUUUUCUCCUCCAUCAAUGUAACCGUCAGCCCGGCAAAUCAAGGAUCCCAGCACGACCAAGGUCCCGUGUGCGGUGGUAUCUGCUGCGAUGCCGAAACGGAACGACAGCUGCAGGCAAAGGCGACGAAAAACUUUGAACGACUAGUCAAACACCACAUCCGAAGCCAACGGGGGCACUGGGAAACGGCGGCUAAUCUGUACAGAGAUUACCUGCUGCACCUGAUGCGACAGUCAGAAAACAAAACGCUCAUCCUCUUCUCGACCGUCUACAGCAAGAUGUCACCACUGUCCCGCGAACCGAUCCGCGAGCUGUACGAAACCAUCCGGCUCAACCUGAUUGCCGACCGGCCCGGGGAUGAUCUCGAGCUGGUGACGGGCAAGUUUUUCCGCAACCUGUUCCCGGUGGCUUACCACCAUGCGAUCCAUUCGGACGUCCUACACGGCACGGAACGGGGCCGAUCAGCCUCGGCGGGUGUGAGCAACCGCGACUUUCACAGUGACUACAAGAACUGUCUAGUCCACACGUACGAUGAACUGAAACCGUUCGGUAUGGUACCGCAGCAACUUUCCAGCUCACUGGUGUCUUCCGUCAGUUCGGCCUCUGUGCUGCUGCGCGCCCUACGGGAAGGUUCCGAGGUGCUGCUUAAGCUGGAAGAGGUCGGUGUAUCGGCACCGAGCUGCCGGAAAGCGCUGCUACGCAUGAACUACUGCGGAAGCUGCAAACGAUACAACCAUCUGCACGCGAAACCGUGCUCCGGCUUGUGUCAGAAUGUGAUGAGGGGCUGCUUGAUUGAGUUUGUCGGUGCGCUGAACAAGGGUUGGUCUACGCUGACGGAAGCGAUCGUUCCACUAAUCGGUACCGUCCGUUCGCAGGACGGUAUCGAGUCAGAGAUCAAAUCCCUCGACGGUAAACUAUCGAACGCCAUCAUGCACGCGAUGGAAAUUGGACCGCAGCUUGAAAAACAGGUGGAACAAGCAUGCGGAGUGCCAUCGAUGAUGCCUUCCGAAUAUCUGGCUGAUGGGUCCUACGACGACACGCCGCAAACGCUUGCCGGCACCAGUAAGUGGAUGCUCGCACCCAUCAGCGAGAUGCUCCAGUUCGAGAUGACGAUCGACAAGAACAAGGAUCUCUUCAUUCAGCUGUCUACGACGCUCUGCGAAGAUGAAGACUACCAUCCGACGGAUGAGGAUUGCUGGACGGGCAGCAGCCUGAGUGACUACACCCAGCAAGUGGUGAUGACAAUCGGCAAUCGGUACAAUCCGGAGGUGAUGUACAACGCGAGCGCCACCGUAUCACCCCACAUGCAGACGUUGGUCGAUCGACUUAUUAAUCUGAAGACGGCCGUUAACAAAGCGUACUCAUCGAACAAUUUUAGGAGUGAUGUCGAUAAGAUGCAGUCCGAUAUGGCGGAAGGUUCAGGUGAUUCCUAUCCCUCCGAUGAUGAUGAGGAUGGAGAUCUGGCCUCAGGAUCCGGAGAUGAUGUCAGUCCACGCACUAUAUUCAGAGAUUCCGGCCAUGUUACGCCCAACUUUAACGAAAUCAGCUCUUCGAAACGAAUCUCGGCCAGCUCCUGCUGGAGUUUGCUCUCCGUGUCCACGUUCGUCCUGUCCCUGCCACUGCUAUUGCUGAACGAUCGAUUCAGCAGGCACUGA